AUGAAGGAGCGCCAGAACGCGGCCCGACCUCGCGCCCUCUUCAGCGGCUCCAGGCCAAAGAUCUCGUCCGUUGUGGGGGCUCGCCGCAGCCACUCAGGCUCGUCGUCAAAAGGUAACACCUCGCCGGACAGGAACGCGUUCCGCUCCCUGCUAACUGCGGUGCUGCUACCGGUGCCCCCGUGGGCCGACAGCCGCUUGCGGCGCGAGGCUGACGACGGCGUGGCCGAGGCCGAGGACGCUAUCGCUGCUGCCGUCGCAGCUGCCACUGCCGAAGGAGGUGCUACAUACUUCAAGUUCGAGCAUCCACGAAAAGGACGACCGGGCGAUUGUGGAGUGGGUGGGGAUUGGCGCCGCCGGCCGCUGGCCGGUCCUUGCGGGGCCUGGCGGGUCGCUAAUUCGGCAACUGCCACGGCUGCUGGGUCCGCUGCUGGGGCGGCGCCUGCUGGUGUUUUCCCGACAGGCCCAACCUCGUCUGUUUCCAUCCGAUCAGCGUGCUGA